UCUGCUCUUUGGGGAAAAUAUAAUUUAAGUUUCUAUCCAUGGGGACCUCGCUGCUAAACCAGAUUAAGAAACAGGCUUCAUUUUUCCUUCAAGAAAAAUACAAAGAUGCAAGGAUGGCCUUAACUGAUGUGACUGCUGCCGAACUAUUGGCCGAAGAAGCAACAAAUGCUGAUCCACGGGGCCCUGAUCCUAGAACAAUGACUAAGAUAUCCGAGGCAUCAUUUUACAUAGAUGAUUAUUGGAGAAUCGUUUUCGUUCUUCACAAAAGGUUGGAUAGCAUUGACUGGAAGCAUUGGAGACAAUCAUACAAGGCGUUGAUUCUCCUUGAGUUCUUACUAACUCAUGGCCCUGCAGACUUUGCUGAGGAAUUUCAACGUGAUAGUGAUGUUAUUGAAGAGCUGGGAAGAUUUAGACAUGUAGAUGAGAAGGGGUUCAAUUGGGGUCUUAACAUGCAAAAAAGAUCAGAUAAGGUACUAGAGCUACUAGGAGGAGGAGAUACGCUCAGAGAAGCAAGGCUGAAAGCCCUCAAAAUAACAAAAGAAAUCCAGGGAUUUGGUAGCACAACAACUUCUCCUUCCUCAGCAUCAUCUUCCUCAUAUUCAUCAAGAGCUUCAUCUUUUGGCUCAUAUUCUUCCACAUGGAAUGACAUAAAUGAACUAGACAAAUUUGAGACCCAAAUAUUGCCUACAAAAGAACCUGUACAACACUAUUCUGAAGGAGGAAUCCAAGAGGAGAAGACUCUUGAAUUCCCCUCAGAAAAUGAAAAUUUUAGCAGGCUGCAUCUUUGGGAUUGUCCUCCAAUUCAAGAAAAAGGGUCCUUGUUGGAAUCUGAAGGGGAAGAAGAUGAAAAAUCAGAUGGUUUUAUCAGUGGAAUAUGCUCAAAACUUGUUGGUAAUAGUCCUUCAAAAAGAGCUACGGGUCAGAAAGUGGCACUCAUCCGGAGCAUUUCUGAUGUUGGAAAGGUUACUAAAAAUAGGUUUGGUCGCCAGUAUUCUUUGGGGUCUUGAUCAAGUCAUGUGAGAAGAAAAAGUAGAGGAUAUGUGCUUAUUUGAUAAAUUCUAGUAUACUUCGUUGUAUAUAACAAGUUUUACCACACAGAAAUUUAACUUGUAAGUAACAAAUACCCUAAUAAUGCAUGUGAUAUAAGUAUCAUUUUACCAGACAGAAUGAAUUAGAUAUGUAUUUUG